GCAGACGGAGGAGUCAAUUGGGCGACCUACCCUCGUUGGGUUUUUAAGUCGCUUUUUAUGGUUAAUGUAAAAUUAUAUCUUGCUGUUGCCGGUAAUUGAUAAAAAGCAGUGUUACACUGCCUAACUAAGAUGUUAACCAAAUUUGAAACGAAGUCAGCCCGUGUCAAAGGGUUAAGCUUCCAUCCCAAGAGGCCAUGGAUCCUUGCAAGUUUGCACAACGGUGUCAUCCAGCUUUGGGACUACAGGAUGUGUACACUGAUCGACAAGUUUGAUGAGCAUGAUGGGCCAGUCAGAGGUAUUGAUUUCCACAAGCAGCAACCACUGUUUGUAUCUGGUGGAGAUGAUUACAAGAUUAAGGUGUGGAACUACAAGCUGAGACGCUGCCUCUUCACUCUUCUUGGACACCUUGACUACAUAAGAACCACCUUCUUCCACCAUGAGUAUCCCUGGAUUCUGAGUGCCUCAGAUGACCAGACUAUUCGAAUCUGGAACUGGCAGUCCAGGACAUGUGUCUGUGUGCUGACAGGGCACAAUCACUAUGUGAUGUGUGCCCAGUUCCACCCAUCUGAGGACCUGGUUGUAUCUGCCAGUCUUGACCAGACCGUGCGUGUGUGGGAUAUUUCCGGUCUGAGAAAGAAGAACCUCUCUCCUGGCGCCGUGGAGACGGAGGUGCGUGGCAUCUCUGGCGUUGACUUGUUUGGCGCAUCAGACGCUGUUGUCAAGCAUGUCCUUGAGGGUCAUGACCGAGGAGUCAACUGGGCAGCCUUCCACCCCAGCAUGCCUCUGAUCGUGUCCGGAGCUGACGACAGGCAGGUCAAAAUCUGGAGGAUGAACGAGUCCAAGGCAUGGGAGCUGGAUACCUGCCGAGGACAUUACAACAAUGUGUCCUGUGCAGUCUUCCACCCGCGCCAGGAGCUCAUCCUGUCCAACUCCGAGGACAAGAGCAUCAGGGUCUGGGACAUGUCCAAGAGGACUGGUGUCCAAACCUUCCGCAGAGACCACGACCGCUUCUGGGUGCUGGGGGCUCAUCCUAACCUCAACUUGUUUGCUGCCGGUCACGACAGCGGGAUGCUGGUGUUCAAGCUGGAGCGGGAGCGUCCUGCCUAUGCUGUAUAUGCUAACAUGCUUUUCUACGUCAAGGACCGCUUCCUCCGCCAGCUGGACUUCAACAGCAGCAAGGAUACUGCAGUCAUGCAGCUACGCAGUGGGUCAAAGUUUCCAGUUUUUAGCAUGUCCUACAACCCUGCCGAAAAUGCGGUGCUGCUCUGUACUAGGGCGACCAACUUGGAGAACAGCACCUAUGACCUGUACUCCAUUCCCAAAGAGAGCGACUCUCAGAACCCUGACGCACCUGAGGGGAAGAGGUCCUCUGGUCUGACUGCAGUCUGGGUGGCCAGAAAUAGGUUUGCUGUCUUGGACCGCAUGCACUCAUUGCUGAUUAAAAACCUGAAGAAUGAAAUAGUGAAGAAAGUGCAGGUCCCAAGCUGCGAGGAGAUCUUCUAUGCUGGCACGGGCUCACUGCUGCUGCGCGAUGCGGAUGGCGUCACCCUAUUUGAUGUGCAGCAGAAGCGCUCACUGGCUACAGUCAAGAUUGCAAAGGUCAAGUAUGUGGUGUGGAGUGCGGACACCAGCCACGUAGCUCUGCUGGCCAAACAUGCUAUCAUGAUCUGCAACCGCAAGCUGGAGAGUCUGUGUAACAUCCAUGAGAACAUCAGGGUGAAGAGUGGAGCCUGGGACGAGAGCGGAGUCUUCAUCUACACCACUUCCAACCACAUCAAAUAUGCACUCACUUCCGGUGACCACGGAAUCAUCAGGACUCUGGACCUGCCCAUCUAUGUGACUCGUGUGAGGGGCCAUAGUGUCUACUGCUUGGACCGGGAGUGCAGGCCCCGAGUACUCACCAUUGACCCCACCGAAUACCGCUUUAAACUGGCCCUGGUCAACCGCAAAUACGAAGAGGUGCUCCACAUGGUACGUAACGCCAAACUGGUUGGCCAGUCCAUCAUUGCCUACCUGCAGAAGAAGGGCUACCCAGAGGUGGCGCUGCACUUUGUCAAAGACGAGAAGACCCGCUUCAGCCUAGCUCUGGAGUGUGGCAACAUUGAGGUGGCACUAGAGGCAGCCAAAGCUUUGGAUGAGCGCAGCUGUUGGGAACGUCUUGGUGAGGCUGCCCUGCUGCAGGGUCACCAUCAGGUUGUGGAGAUGUGCUACCAGAGGACCAAGAACUUCGACAAGCUCACCUUCCUCUACCUCAUCACUGGCAACUUGGCUAAGCUGCGCAAGAUGAUGAAAAUUGCUGAGAUCAGGAAGGACAUGAGUGGCCACUAUCAGGGAGCUCUCUACCUGGGAGACGUCAGUGAGAGAGUCCGCAUCCUCAAGAACUGUGGACAGAAGUCUCUGGCUUACCUGACCGCUGCCACCCAUGGAAUGGAUGAAGAGGCUGAGGCGCUGAAAGAGACCUUUGACCCAGAAAAAGAAACUGUGCCAGAGGUGGAUCCCAAUGCCCAACUGCUGCAGCCCCCACCACCCAUUAACCCACUGGAUACCAAUUGGCCUCUGCUCACUGUGUCCAAGGGCUUCUUCGAAGGAGCCAUUGCAGCUAAGGGGAAGGCAGGUCAGAUGGCAGCGGAUCUGGACAUGGAUGCUCCUGGAGGAGAGGGAUGGGGAGAGGAUGCAGAGCUUCAGCUGGAUGAAGAUGGCUUCAUGGAUGCCCAGGAGGGGUUAGGAGAAGAGGGAGGAGUGGCCAAGGAGGAAGGAGGAGGCUGGGAGGUUGAAGAGGAUCUGGAUCUUCCUCCAGAGCUGGAAAUGCAAGCAGGCACAGGGGGCGGAACUGAGGAUGGCUUCUUCGUCCCACCCACCAAGGGCAUGAGUCCAACCCAGAUGUGGUGCAACAACUCACAGCUGCCAGUGGACCACAUCUUGGCAGGCUCCUUCGAGACCACCAUGAGACUGCUCCAUGACCAGGUAGGAGUGGUGAACUUUGCCCCCUACAAGUCCCUGUUUAUGCAGACGUUGUCCCGAGGUCGUACCUGUUACUUGGGCUUGCCUUCCCUUCCCUGCCUUCGUGGCCACCCUCAGAGGAACUGGAAGGACUGCGGGGCAAAGCAGGGUCUGCCAGCUGUGGGCCUGCACCUGUCUGAUCUCAUUGCCCGCCUGCAGCAGUGCUACCAGCUGACCACGUCCGGACGGUUCGAGGAAGCUGUGGAGCGCUUCCGAGCCAUCCUGCUUUCUGUUCCACUGCUGGUAGUGGAUAACAAGCAGGAAAUUGCAGAGGCCCAACAGCUGAUAACAAUCUGCAGAGAGUACAUUGUGGGACUGACCAUGGAGACAGAGAGGAAAAAGUUGCCUAAAGACACACUGGAGCAGCAGAAGCGGCUGUGUGAGAUGGCAGCUUACUUCACCCACUGCAGUCUCCAGCCAGUCCAUAUGGUCCUAGUUCUGCGCACAGCUCUGAACCUCUUCUUCAAACUGAAAAACUUCAAGACGGCAGCCGGCUUUGCACGACGCCUGCUUGAGCUUGGGCCCAAACAAGAAGUUGCGCAACAGACACGCAAGAUUUUGGCAGCCUGCGAGAAGACUCUGACAGAUGCCCACCAGUUGAAUUAUGACCCCCACAAUCCAUUUGACCUGUGCGCUGCCUCUUUCGUCCCCCUGUACCGUGGGCGUCCAGUGGAGAAGUGUCCUCUGUCUGGCGCCUGCUAUUCACCCAUAUACAAGGGCCAGGUCUGCAGGGUCACACAGGUGACCGAGAUUGGCAAGGAUGUGAUUGGUCUGCGAGUGAGCCCCCUCCAGUUCCGUUAGGCGGAAGCGAAGGAAAGGAGACGAGGGGAGGAGGAAUCCUGUCAGAAAAAUCAUCCACACGGAUAAAAUGAAUUAAAAGUUGAAGCCGAUGUUUGUCCCCACGUGGAAAUGUUAAAUCUUGAUGUUAACGUUUUUUUCUUUCUUCUGUCAGCUUCCUGGUUGUCAACUCUGCUCUACCUUUCCUGAUAAGCAAGUUUCAUUGAAACUUUGAGACCUCUGUCUCUUUUCUCACUUGUAUUAACCGCGAGAUGAAUAAAAGCACAUUCAACAACUCUAUGUAUACGUGACAGUGAAACAAUAAACCUGCUUAUUAA